CACACACACACUACACACACUUCCCUUACCCUCUCCCCUCUCUCCCCGUGUCCUGCAGGUCCCGUUUGGAGAGGUGGGGGCGGUGCGUGACUGGCUGGGGGUGAGCGGGGAGGUGGGACGUCCAGUGAGGGAGCACCCGAAACGUCCCGUGUUGGGCUGGAGCUGCCGGAGGUCGGAGGUUAGCGGCCGCAGAUUCUGGGGCCUCUUCCGAUCGAUAUUUGGAGAGGGGGGAGCGCCGGAGUUUUUCAGCCGCUGUUUCGUCCACAACCUGUGUCCUCUGGUCUUUCUGGAUGCUUCCGGAAGGAACCUCACCCCCUCCGACCUCCCUCCUCCCGUCCGGCGAUUCCUGCUCCCCAUCUGUGAGCGCUCUCUGGGCCAGACGCUGCGUCUGCUGGGCGUCCAGACGGUGGUGGGGGUGGGGCGUCUAGCCGAGGCCGCGGCCAGGCGGGCGGUGAGCGGGGGGGAGGGGGAGGGAGGGGUGAGGGUGGAACGUAUCGAUCACCCCUCCCCUCGAAACCCCAGGGCCAAUCGAGGGUGGGCGGAGAGGGCCGAGGCGAGCCUGAGGGAGAUAGGGUUGGGGAGGGAGCGGGAGGACUGA